CUCAUCUUUCAGCUGUUUCAAUCUGAGACUCUCACAGGCCAAAGCGUUAUGGGUUCUUACGGAGAUGAAAAUGGUUUACCUAAUUCACCUCCGAACAAUUCAAUUUUCAGGUACAAUUCGCCACUGGUUCAGGUUUGUUUGAUUGGAUUAGUAUGUUUUUGUUGUCCAGGGAUGUUCAAUGCGCUCUCUGGAAUGGGUGGUGGUGGUCAAGUCGACCACACGGCGUCUAACAACGCCAACACCGCACUCUACACAGCUUUCACUAUUUUUGGGAUAUUGGGUGGUGGAAUUUACAACAUUUUGGGUCCAAAAAAGACUCUGUUUAUUGGGUGUUCAACUUAUAUAUUGUAUGCGGGUUCUUUUCUUUACUAUAAUCACCACAAGCAUCAAGCGUUUGUGGUAGUGGCCGGCGGUCUCCUUGGUGUUGGCGCCGGCCUACUCUGGGCUGCCCAGGGAGCUAUUAUGACAUCUUACCCGCCACAUGACAGGAAGGGUACUUAUAUCUCUAUAUUUUGGAGUAUUUUCAACAUGGGUGGUGUUAUUGGUGGUCUUAUACCGUUUGUAUCCAACUAUAAUAGAACUACCGCGGCCUCUGUUAAUGAUGGUACAUAUAUUGGAUUUAUGUUCUUCAUGGCUAUCGGAACGGUUCUUUCAUUAGCGAUUUUGCAUCCUAGUAAGGUCAUUAGAAACGAUGGUUCUUCGUGUACUAAUAUUAAGUACUCGAGUGUGUCUGUGGAAUUAAUUCAAAUUCUCAAACUGUUCGGCAACUGGAAGAUGUUGUUGAUGGUACCAGCCUCGUGGGCUAGUAACUUCUUUUAUACUUACCAGUUCAAUAAUGUGAAUGGGGUUUUGUUCAAUUUGAGGACAAGGGGUUUGAACAAUGUGUUCUAUUGGGGUGCACAGAUGAUUGGUUCGGUGUUCAUCGGGUCCAUAAUGGACUACAGUUUUAAGAGCAGAAAGGCUAGGGGAUUGGUUGGUAUUAUUGUUGUUGGCCUGCUUUCAACAGCAAUUUGGGGCGGAGGGUUCGCCAAACAGCUUACAUAUUCCCAUGAUGAUGUACCUCAUCACAUAGUGUUACUGGAUUUCAAGGAUGGUUCUAAAUUUGCAGGUCCAUUCUUGUUGUAUUUUAGUUAUGGAUUACUCGAUGCCAUGUUUCAGAGCAUGGUCUAUUGGGUUAUAGGAGCCUUGGCAGAUGAUUCUGAGGUUCUCAGCAGGUAUACUGGCUUCUAUAAAGGAAUACAAAGUGCAGGUGGAGCCGUUGCUUGGCAAGUGGAUUCACAUAAUGUCCCAUUCAUGAACCAGCUUAUCGCGAAUUGGGGAUUAACAACCAUUAGUUUUCCAUUACUGGUAGCUCUUGUAGUAUUAGCUGUGAAGGAUGACAACAAAGAUGAAGAGGGAGCAACUAAGGAAGUCGCCAUUACUUCAAACCGCGACAUUAGUACUACAGUGGACUACCCCAAUAAGGAAUAGAUUACAGAAUUUAUAAUUUAGUCAUUACUACCAUAGUAGAGUUUAAAGAACUGUUCUGUAAAUUGUGGACUAUCAACCACAGAGAAAUUUCUUUGCUAAUGUUUAUUUAAUCGUCUUCGUUCUCCAGUAAA